AUGUAUUUUGUGCUUGACCAGCCUUGUAGAAAGGCAUUUAAGGAGCUGAGGAGGAGGCUUACCACCUCUCCCAUCAUGCAGCCAUCAGAUUGGGAGCUUUCAUUUGAACUCAUGUGUGAUGCCUCCGAUUAUGCACUUGGGGUUGUUUUGUCGCAAAGAGUUGAUAGACUAUCACAUGUCAUUGCUUACGCCUCACACACUCUGGAUGCAGCCCAUGUCAACUACACCACCACCGAAAAUGAGAGUUCGAUAUUGAGAUCAGAGAUGAGUGGUGUAGAAAACGUGGUGGCUGCUCAUUUGAGCAAGAUUGAGGGACCUGUUGAUUCCAUCCUUAUUAGGGGUAACUUCCCCGAUGAGCAUUUGAUGCAAUUGCAUUCAUCACAUGUCACACCUUGGUUUGCUGACAUUGUGAAUUUCAUUAUUGAAUCUAUUCUCCCACCGCAUGCAUCUAGGUCUGAAAUAGAUAAACUUAAGAGUGAUGCCAAAUACUAUGUGGGGGAUGAUCCUUACUUGUGGAGGUUUGGAAGUGACCAAGUGAUCCGCAGGUGGGUUGAAGCUAAAGCCACCAGAACUAAAGAUUCUAAAGUUCUUAUGGAUCAUGUGAGAUUUAACAUUUUUGGCAGGUUUGGUAUGCCUAGAGCCAUUAUUAGUGACCAGGGGAGCCACUUCUGUAACAGGUCAUUGGAAUGCUUGCUCCAAAAGUAUGGGGUUGUGCAUAGAAUUGCUACGGCUUUUCAUCCCUAA